CCGAAGAACGUAAUGUUAAUUUAAUGCAACUGUUAAGACCGUAGUAUACCCAUAGAAUAUUGAGCUAAUUUCCACUAGGAAUCCCAAACUAUUCAAAAAGUGUCAUUUGUGGCCUAAACUAUUCAAUAUGACAAACCGACGUUGACCGUUAGUAGAUCAUAUAAAUGUAGUCAACUUCUAUCUGGUUUGGGCCAGAUUUGUCAUAUUGAAUAGUUUAGGCCACAAAUGUCACAAAAUACAUAUAGUUUGGGCCAGAUUUGUCAGAUUGAAUAGUUUAGGCCACAAAUGACACUUUUUGAAUAGUUUGGGCUUCCUAGUGGAAUUAGCUCUAGAAUAUUUUACUAACUACCGAGUUUUGCUAGCCCUCAUUGGUAUACCAUUACCUAAAACAUGAAGUGUUAUGAUUGAGUACUUGCUUUAUCUUAUAUUCAUGGAUGAUGAAUGAUUGAUUUUUAAUCUGAGGCGCCCUAAUUAAAACCACAAUAUAAGAUAACUAAGUCAACAUAAGACUACUAGCUAGAAGUAGGAUUCAUAGUACUAGGAUUCCUAAUCAAAUUAAGAAAAACUCAUUUUAGGAUAUACCUUAUCCAAUAUGAUCAAGAUUUUGAGCAAGAAAUCCUAUAGGCUAUGAUUCAUUUCAUACUUUUAUCAAGGGGAAAAGACUUUAUUUUACGUGUAAUCACCUGAAAGCAGCUUGUAGGAUGUAGAGAAAACAUUUUCCACCAAAACAAUAAAAAAAUUAUACAUGAUAUAAGAUCUAAAAUCAAUACUUGUGUCUGAUCAAACAAUUUGAGUUAUUAAGAAAACAUAUAUAAGAAAAUAAUAUAAAACACGUUACACCGAUCUCUUCAUAAUUCCAAUUAUUGCAUGUACAUCAUUUCCACUUCUUAAAAAAAAUUCAUUUAAAUCUAUUAUUAAGAAACAGAAGUCACUAUUAGGUGGAAAUUUGUCGUUUGACACUCUUACCCACAUGCAUGAGCAUGACUACUCCUUAUUUGGAACUUAAUUAAUCUAUCUUCUGUCAAAUAAUAGAAAGAAAUUAAACUACUUCAUCUCUUUUGUUAAAUACAGCCACCUUUUCGUUCCUAUAAAGAGCCACAGGCAGGAAAAAGCUCCUGUGUCAAUUUCCACUGCUCUGCUCGUUGAUCAUAUAUACUUUGUACGUCGGCGGCGGAACGAUGACGGUGGAUGAAAUCCGCAAGUUGCGACGGCCGGAGGGCCCUGCCACCGUACUCGCCAUCGGCACCGCCACUCCUCCCAACUGCUACCACCAAAGCUCUUUCCCAGACUUCUACUUCCGCGCCACCAACACCGACCACCUGACGGAUCUCAAAGCCAAAUUCCAGCGCAUCUGUGAAAAGUCCAAAAUCAGGAAGCGUUACCUGCACGUAACCGAACAGCUUCUCCAGAAAAACCCUAACAUGGGCUCUUACUCCGCACCGUCACUGGACGCCCGCCAAGAAAUGAUGACCGUGGAGGUCCCGAAACUGGGCAAAGAAGCGGCCACCAGGGCCAUCAAGGAAUGGGCCCAGCCCAAGUCCAAACUCACCCACCUCAUCUUCUCCACCAGCACCGGCGGCCACAUGCCAGGGGCCGACUACCAGCUCGCCAAACUCAUGGGCCUUAGCCCAUCCAUCAACCGGCUCAUGAUCUACCAACAGGGCUGCUUCGGCGGCGGCACCGGCCUCCGCCUCGCAAAAGACCUCGCCGAGAACAACAGAGGCGCCAGAGUCCUCGUCGUUUGGUCGGAGAUCACCACCAUAGGCUUCCGCGGUCCGCCGCCUGAUUCCGACUCGGACAUUUCGAUCUUGGUCGGCCACGCUCUGUUCGCCGACGGCGCGGCGGCGGUAGUUGUCGGCUCCGAUCCGGUUCCCCGAGUCGAGAAAGGGUUGUUCGAACUCGUCCAUACGACUCAGACUACGAUCCCCGAUUCGGAAGGAGCAAUCGAAGGGUUUACUCGCGAAGCCGGUCUGGUGUAUCACUUGUCGAAGAGGCUGCCGGAGCUGAUUUCAGAGAACAUUGAGAAGUGCCUCGUUGAGGCGUUCCGGCCACUGGGGAUUUCGGAUUGGAACUCGAUUUUUUGGGCUGUACAUCCCGGCGGGCCCAAAAUUCUGGAUAGGGUCGAGGCUCGGUUGGGCCUUGAGCCCGAAAAGCUGCGGCCCACGAGGCAUGUGUUGGCCGAAUACGGUAACAUGUGGAGCGGGAGCGUGGUGUUUGUGCUGGAUGAGAUUCGGAGAAGGUCCGUGAAGGAUGGGCCCAGGACGGUCGGAGAAGGGCUGGAUUGCGGGGUGCUUCUUGGGUUUGGGCCUGGGCUUACUGUGGAGACUGUAGUUCUACGUGCCCUGAUUUAGGCUGGAGUCGUUUGACUUUUUCAUGCUUCAUUUUAAGGUUGAUGUGCUUGCCUGAGCUGGGAAAGUGUUUGUGUUCAUUUGUUAAAAGGUUCAGUCUCUUUGUACUUAAGAAUUAAAUAUUUGCACGAUCGAGAAAAGCAUAAUUGAAAGGAGUCAUUGAACAGUUAGAAACUGUCUGUCAUGCAGCUUGUGAAUCCAGGUCAACCUUCACAUGGAGUCCAAAAUAAGAGCAGCCAUAGAAGACGAUCCUCCAUCCAAAACACCAGACAUCAGCAUCGUUGACAUCAUUAAAUUGUUGCAAAGUCC